GUGCUACUGGAAAGCUGUGUGCCCUCCUCCGGCUGGCACCAUGCAGCUCUCUCUAGCCCUGUGUCUCGUCUGCCUGCUGGUGCACACAGCCUUCCGCGUGGUGGAGGGCCAGGGGUGGCAGGCCUUCAAGAAUGAUGCCACAGAGAUCAUCCCCGAGCUCGGAGAGUACCCCGAGCCUCCGCCAGAGACGGAGAACAACAAGACCAUGAACCGGGCGGAGAACGGAGGGCGGCCUCCCCACCACCCCUUCGAGACCAAAGACGUGUCCGAGUACAGCUGCCGCGAGCUGCACUUCACCCGCUACGUGACCGACGGGCCGUGCCGCAGCGCCAAGCCGGUCACCGAGCUGGUGUGCUCAGGCCAGUGCGGCCCCGCGCGCCUGCUGCCCAACGCCAUCGGCCGCGGCAAGUGGUGGCGCCCGAGCGGGCCCGACUUCCGCUGCAUCCCCGACCGCUACCGCGCGCAGCGGGUGCAGCUGUUGUGUCCCGGCGGCGCGGCGCCGCGCGCGCGCAAGGUGCGCUUGGUGGCCUCGUGCAAGUGCAAGCGCCUCACCCGCUUCCACAACCAGUCCGAGCUCAAGGACUUCGGGCCCGAGGCCGCGCGGCCGCAGAAGGGCCGGAAGCCGCGGCCCCGCGCCCGGGGCGCCAAAGCCAACCAGGCCGAGCUGGAGAACGCCUACUAGAGCCCGCCCGCCCGCCGCGCCCCCAAGUUUCUGUCCUCUGCGCGCGGUUCGAUUGUUUGUAUUUCAUUUUAAAUGCCUGCAACCCAGGGCAGGGAGCCGAGACCUUCCGGGCCCUGCGGAAUCCCGGGAGCCUGCAAGGCCCCCGUCGCCCGCCCGCAGAGGGGGUCCCGCAGGGAAGGGGAGAGAGUUGAGAGUCACAGACACUGAGCCACGCGGCCCCGCCCACCGGGGCCGCCUACUUUCGCUGGUCCCACUUCAGAGGAGGCAGAAAUGGAAGCAUUUUCACUGUCCCGGGGUUUUAAGGGAGCGGUGAGGAGUGUGAAAAGUCCGGGGCCUGGUUAAGAAAGUUCGAUUAAGAUUCUCCACCCGCCUCUCUGCCUAUCAUAAAGCCCAUGUCGUUCCAAGAACACAGGACUGGGGGUCUGUAGAUACGGUGUCUAGUCCUGACUCUGCCACUAACUUGCUGUGUGACCUUGAACUACACCAUUCUCUUUCGGGACCUCAAUAUCCUUUUGUAAAAUGGGGGUGGGGAGUGGGAUUAGGAUUUGGAGGAAUGUACCGUCAGGUAUUCCAAGGACUCUUACCUUUUGAAUGGGCAGAGGAGAGUGAGAGGGAGAGAGAGAGGUUGAAUUGACUCACUACCAAGGUCACUUCCAGAAUUCAGAGUUGUGAUGCUCUGAUCUGACAGCCAAAGAUGAAAAACAAGCAGAAAAAAAGAAAAGAGUCUAUUUAUGGCUGACAUAUUUAUAGCUGACAAACUCCUGGAAGAAGCUGCCGUCGUUCCCAGCCCAGCCUCCCCAGAUGUUUGGCUACCUCCACCCCUCCAUCUCAAAGAAAUAACAACGACAGUUGGGGUAGAGAAGGAGAGGUCCCAAGGGUGGUGGGAGGGCCAGAAAUCACACACACGCACCCUCAAUCCCCAGGGGCAGCAUCCCUCCCCCACCCCAUGGCUAUAUUUUAAAGUCACCUUCUGAACAGAAGUUCAAGGUUCAAGGAUGCUGGGCUUACAGGUCCAAGGGAGAAGCCACCACACACUCAGACCAGCACAUCCCUUUCGAGGCACCUCGUCCUGCCCACCACUUGGGGACACAUUUCUGCCUAGGAAACAGCUUCUUGCUGCUCUCACAUGUGAUGACUUACCUUAUAUUAAAAGAAUACUAUCGGGGGAAAAUUACAAGUGCUGUACAUAUGCUGAGAAACUGCAAAGCGUACGUAAUAGCUGCCACCCAAAAAUCUUUUUGAAAAUCAUUUCCAGACACCUCUUACUUUCUGUGUAGUUUUUAAUUGUUAAAAAAAAAAAGAUAUUUUAAACAGAAGCACAUGCCGUGCGAAAGCCUGCAGGACUGGUCGUUUUUUGUAAUCCUUCCACGUACGUGGCACUUGUCCACAAGAAUGAAAGUAGUGGUUUUUAAAGAGUUAAGUUACAUAUUUAUUUUCUCACUUAAGUUAUUUAUGCAAAACUUUUUCUUGUAGAGAAUGACAAUGUUAAUAUUGCUUUAUGACAUAACAGUCUGUUCUUUCGGAGUCCAGAAACAUUGUUAAUAAAGACAAUGAAUCGUUACAGAGAG